AUGUCUACUUUGUCGAGUACUGAUGUGGUGAUGAUCAAUUUGGAAUUUGUCGAUGAUGCUGAUGUGAAAUUAGAAGAUGUCAAGGUAGACGGUGAUGGGCAGUCUACCUUGACAUCUUCUAAUGACUCUAAGGAAGCGAAACGUGCCACGUUAUCCUUAUACUUAAAUAAAAGGCACAGUAGCCAAGAAAUAGUGCCGAAGAAAUAUUCAAGGACCACCGUCAAGAUCUUGUCCGUCGGAUUGGGCUGA